GGAGAGAGAGAGAGAGCGACUCUUGAAUGCCGUGCGGUGCUGAUAAUCGUUGACAAGCGCACAGUAACAGACAGCGUGGCAGGAGGAUUCAUGUAGAGGAAGCUGCGUCCUGCUGGCACUCAGCAGAUCUCUUAUUAUAAGCUGCUGUUAUGAGAAUGAAGAUAUGUCAAAGGUGACUCAUCCUGAUGAGUUGUUUUUGGAUCUGUAAUGUAACGCAGCCCGGGUUGAUUUUGUGAUGAAGGUGCGCUGAGCUCGCAUGAACCUCGGAGUCUCUAUCCGGACGGUAAGGUAUAUUAUAUCUCGAGAGAUUGUCGUGCGUUGCUAUAGUUUGCGCGUCUGUCAAGCCUCGGAGCCGGAGCUGGAGAGAGAGAGAGAGAGAGUCAGGCGGGUUUUCACGAUUUAAUGAGUAUUAAAGUGCUGCCGGUUGGACAAUGAAGAAGUUCUUCGAUGGCCGACGGGAGAUGGUGGGCUCCGGGCCCGCGUCUGGAGCCGCUGCGGGGGGCGGCGCGGGGUCCGGCGCGUUUAUCGGACGCGUUUUCUCCAUUGGACGAUAUCAGGUGACCGCGGAGGAGACUGUGGCGGAGGGUGGUUUUGCUAUCGUAUUUCUGGUGAGGACUCAUCAGGGCGUCCGUUGUGCACUGAAGAGAAUGUAUGUCAACAAUGAACAUGACCUUCAAGUAUGCAAGAGGGAAAUUCAGAUUAUGAGGGACCUUGUGGGGAACAAAAACAUUGUUGGUUUCCUGGACUCCAGCAUCACAGCAGUAGGAUCAGGAGAUGUUUGGGAAGUUCUCAUAUUGAUGGACUUCUGUCGAGGUGGGCAGGUUGUGAACCUGAUGAACCAGCGCUUGCAGACUGGAUUCAGUGAGACGGAGGUGCUGCAGAUCUUCUGUGACACAUGUGAAGCUGUCGCUCGACUACAUCAGUGCAAAACCCCCAUCAUCCACCGGGACCUCAAGGUGGAGAACAUCUUACUGCAUGACAGAGGACAUUAUGUGUUGUGUGACUUUGGCAGUGCCAUUAACCGCUCCCAGAAUCCACAAACAGAAGGUGUGGCGGCUGUAGAAGAAGAAAUCAAGAAGUACACUACUCUUUCAUACCGGGCCCCAGAAAUGGUGAAUCUAUAUGGGGGCAAAGUUAUCACUACUAAAGCAGAUAUAUGGGCUUUGGGCUGCUUGUUGUAUAAGUUGUGUUACUUCACUUUGCCGUUUGGAGAGAGUCAGGUGGCCAUCUGUGACGGGAGCUUCACCAUCCCAGACAACUCCCGCUACUCACACGACAUGCACUGUCUCAUCCGUUACAUGCUUGAGCCAGACCCUGACAUAAGGCCAGAUAUCUGCCAGGUGUCAUAUUUCGCCUUUAAACUGGCAUGGAAAGAAUGCCCAGUACAGAAUAUCCACAAUUCACCCAUUCCAGCAAAACUCCCAGAGCCAAUCAGAGCCAGUGAAGCCAUGGCUAAGAAGAGUCAAAACAAAGCCAGGCUCUCUGAUCCAAUCCCUACGACUGAGACAUCCAUAGCGCCACGGCAGCGUCCCAAGGCUGGCCAAGCUCAACCAAUCGCAGGCAUCCUGCCCAUCCAACCAGCCCUCACCCCACGCAAAAGAGCCAGUGCACCUGCAGGACCCAGCCAGCCAAUCAGUGUUAACAUGGCUUCCCAGCCUGUUGCCCAAUCACAGGUUCCUGUCACUCAGCAACAAGCCACUCCCUCUCCACCCCAGACCACACCCCAGCACGCACAACUUUUUGUGCAGCAGCAAAAUACAGCCUUCUUUACUGCUCAACAACAGCAGCAUCACUCAACGCAGACCUCCGUCUUACCUGCACAAACGGUUGCAUCAUCCUCCACUCCUCUCACUACACAGUCUAAACCUAAGAACAGGGCUCCCCCUCCACCCAUACACCACCCACAAACCAACCGCCUGACAACAUUAUCAGCAACCGCACAGACAAAAAACAAAGUGACGGCCCCAGCUUCACCUGCAGAGUGUUCACAUAGUAAUAGUGUAGAUGGAGAUAUCACUGCGACCGUGUCUGCCCAACCUAAAACCAAAGCUAUGGCACCUCCGCCCCCCGCAUCACACGCCUCCACCCUUCCUCCGCCUAAAUCCGCCUCAGCACCAUCCACUGACUCUGAAGUGGACCCAGAGCAGAGGUCUGUCGGCGGAAGUCGUGGGGUGCAUAAAGUCGGCUCCUUGACUCCACCCUCUUCUCCCAAGACCGCCCCUAAAGGAGGCCACAGACGAAUUCUGAGUGAUGUCACACACAGCACCAUAUUUGGAGUUCCUGUGAGCAAGUCCACUCAACUGCUUCAAGCUGCUGCUGCAGAGGCCAGCCUUAACAAGUCUAAGUCAGCUAGCACCACUCCCUCUGGUUCUCCAUAUUCAUCACAACAGAGUGUUUAUCAGUCAGGGGAGGCUUCGGGACCCUCGGCUGGAGCCACAGCAUCCUGGAACCCCUUUGGCGAUGACAAUUUCUCUAAACUCACAGCAGAAGAGCUGCUCAACAGGGAUUUUGCCAAAUUGGAUGCUAAGACCGCAGAGAGACCCUGUCCUGAAAAUCUGAUUUCUGGGUUGCAGUCUGUGUCUUCAAAUAAAGGCUUUAUCCAGGGAGGAGCUGGGAUGGAUUCUCUGAUCCCUGGUCUGGAUCCUCUACAGACUGAUCCUGGGUCAGCUGCAAUACCAGACUCUUUGGUUGGACAGGAUUCUCUUUUGGAUGGGCCGCUUCUCUCCCACCCCUCCACUGGGGGUCUAAUACUGGCCUCAUCCCCCUCAUCUCUCCCUGCACCAUCUAUGGACCAGUUUACUACUACUGCUUUGAGCAGUGGACAGUACCACCAGGCCUCUGAUCCAGCUCACCUGCUCUUAGUCGUCCAGUCCUCUGAGACUGGGGACCAAAGCGCCGAUAACCAGUUUGACCCAAUUCCAGUGCUUAUCUCCAAAAGCUCCAGCCAAGAAGCCAGAGGCAAGAGUGAUGGAUAUGGAUCGCUUUUGGAGGGAGGUGACCUCGAGAACCCUGUGGAGGAGAGCUGUCUUCAUUCCAGCGAUGAAGACGAUGGAGAACAAGAAGGGGGGAGGUCACAGGUGAGCGGCGAAGAAACGCCAAGUCUGGACUGCAGUGGCUCCAGACCGUUACUUCAAGACUCAGAUGACGAUGACGACCAAAGUCCCGCGUCUUCCAGAAACCUCCAGAUGUCUUCCCAAUCCGAGGAACCAGUUGAAAACCAGUCCUCUUUGGUUUCUCAGAGCCACUCGCCACAGCUGGUGUCACAAGCCCAACAUUCAGGCGCAGAUCCAAGCGUCGACGUCUUCUCCAAAGCUCCCUUUCAAAUCGGAGAAGACGUAGACGGCGAUGGGGACGUGUUCGCCAAUGCGCCGUUUCCUCGCCUUCCAGCUCAGCCUCGACAGCCUGAUAUUUUCCUCCAGGCGCCCUUUGGUAUGAAGAAGGAAGCUUCUGGAAAGGUUUACAGCAAUCCGGCGGCCCAGCCGAGAUUUUCUUCCCUUGACCAGAGCAUCCUCGGCCAAGUGACCCCUCUGGCCUUUCGCCCCCAGGCACUUUCUAAGUAUUCCAGACACUACGAAGGACCUGUGAACACAGACCCUGAACACAGACCGAGCGCUGUGACUUCUGAUGGGACUUCCACUGACCCCUUCGUCUCGGCGCCCUUCCACCUUAAAGGCCGUCAAGAUAAACGCUGAGAGAACAGCGUCUGUGAAACCGCACCGUACUACUUUUGCCCCCUAAAAGAUUCGAGCUUAACAUAAUGAAAUGCUGUAUACUGAGUGUAAUUUAUUCAAGAAUGAAGCACAUUUAUGGCCUCUGGCUGUCUAUCUCUGGGUCACCGUUUGAUUGUGUGACAUCUUUUUCUACCUCAGAUCAUUCUCAUGCUGUCAAGCUUCAUUUCUGUCCUGCGUAUGUACCACGUCCACAGAAACCUGAUUUAGCCUGUUGUUUUACAAAAAUAGUUUGGAUUGUUUUCUAUUAUGAGCAUGAGCUUAAAAAAUUAUAUACACCAUUAUGAAAUGUUUGUAUUAUUGGCCAUCCGUUUACCGAUGGUACUUCUACUAUCAAGGUAUACCAGGCAGUUUUGUAUAGCUCAGAUCUGGCAGAGUCGUACAUCUUAAUAAUAAAAAAAAGAAAACCGGAAACAUUCUAACUACUGAUAAAAUAUAUGUUGAUGAUUUUGUUUCUCAAAACACACACAAAGGUGUCAGCCAACAUUUCACUAGGCUUUACCUUCAUAUCCAGGUCACAUUUCACUCCAAAUGUAAAAGAAAACAGGUUUUAA